CUCUUCUCCCUUCUCUUCCCGACGGCGCACCAUGAGACCACCUCCUCCUCUCCCAAGAAAACCUGGCCGGUCCUUAUCUUGCUCCCGCGCCUUAUCUUGCUCCAGCUCCGCGGCCACCGACGACACCCACCUGCUCCGCCGCAACCUCUCCCUCCUCCUAUCCCGCCCCUCCAUAGACGCCGACCUCUGCCGGGAGACCCUCGCCCGCCUCUCCCCCCGCCGCCUCGACAUCCUCCUUCUCGAUCUCCGGCCGGCGAUCAGGCCCCGCCCCGCCCUCCGCUUCUUCUCCUUCGCCUCCGAACGCUGCGGCUUCUGCUUCACUCCCCGAUCCUACUCCAUCCUCGUCCACGCCCUCCUCCGAUCCAACCUCGCGGCCGCCGCCCGCCUCCUCCUCAUCCGCCUCAUCGGUGGCGGAACCAGUGGGAGUCUCCCGGUCCUUCUCGACGAUCCCAGUCGCCGGUUCCCCGAGAUCGUUCGCGCCCUCGCCGAGACUGUUUCCGCCGACGAGACGCCAUCUGGCGCUCUCGAUACCCUGGUCCACGUGUGCUGCACCCAGUUCCGAUGCGACGGCCCGAAGCUCGCCGUCAUGGCAUUCCAGAUCCUCGUUGAGCGAGGGCUCUGCCCAUCUCUCAAAACCUGUAACUUUUUCCUGUCAUCGCUUGCUCGGGCCAAUGAUUGCAAGAACGCGCGCAUGGUGUUCGACAGAAUGCGACAGUUUGUUGUUCUGGAUGCCUACUCGUACACCCCUGUCAUUGACGUUCUCUGCAAGAACCACGAGGUCGAUGAAGCGAUCACAUUGUUUUCAGAGAUGGAAAGCGCGGGAAUUCGUCCCACAGUCGUUACUUACAAUGUGCUGAUCGAUGGGCUCUGCAAGAAGAGGUGGUUUGAUGUGGCCUUUUGCUUCAAGGAGAAGAUGGUGAGAAGCUCGGUGAAACCGAGCGUUGUUACAUUCAAUGUUCUCAUCAACGGUUUGGUUAAAUGCAAUAGGUUUGGAGAUGCGGAGUCUGUCCUAAAGGAGAUGGACGAGAUGAGUAUUGCACCAAAUGAGUUUAUUUAUAAUACUUUGAUUGAUGGUCACUGCAGGAUGGGGCAGAGUUCAGAGGCUUUGAAUUUAAGAGAUGAGAUGGUGGCGAAAGGGAUGGAGCCAAAUUCGGUUACUUAUAAUGCACUUGUAAAAGGCUUGUGCAUGGCAGGGGAGAUGGAGCAGGCCGAGUAUCUACUAGAUGAGAUGCUGUCAAAUGGUAUGGAGAUAAAUGUCGGGCUAUUUAAUUCUAUUAUUUUCUGGCUUGUCACAAAGGCAUUAAGAGUUGAUUCUGCAUUGAGGCUUUUCAGGGAGAUGUUAUUAAGGAAUUUAAGACCGAAUGAUUCUCUAAUGACAUCAAUGAUCAAGGGGCUGUGUGAGAAUGGGAAGUAUUGUCAGGCAAUUGAUAUUUGGUUCAAAAUGGUAGAGAAGGGCUUUGGUGUGAACAUCAUUACUUCAAAUGCUUUGAUUCAUGGGCUCUGUGUGUCAGAGAACAUGAAAGAGGCAGUUCGGCUGCUUAGCACAAUGCUUGAGAAGGGGUUGGCUUUGGAUAGGGUGACAUACAAUACUUUGAUUUCAGGUUAUUGCAAAGAAGGGAAAAUUGGUGAAGGGUUUAAACUUCGGGACGACAUGGUUAAAAGAGGGUUUAAGCCAGAUAUUAUUACCUAUAAUACCUUAAUACAUGGAUUAUGCAAUUUGGGUAGGAUGGAAGAGACCAUCGGGCUUCUUCAUGAGCUUAAGAAUGAGGGUUUGGUUCCGGAUCUUUUCACAUUUAGCACAAUAAUAGAUGGUUAUUGCCGGGCUAAAGAAGUCCAUAAAGCCAAAGUCUACUUGAAGGAGUUGGCUAGUUGGGGUUUAGAGCCAAACAGUGUCAUCUAUAAUUCACUUAUUGGUGGUUACUCUAGGGAUGGGAAAAUUGCAGAGGCUUCUAAUCUUCUAGAUGAAAUGAAGAGUAAAGGCAUUGAACCAACUUCUGUGACAUACUGUACUCUUAUGCAUGGCAUGUGUGAUGUUGGUCGUGUCGAAGAGGCUAAGAAUUUUAUUGUGAAAAUGAAAGAGGAUGGUUUGGAAUUGAACGUUGUGAGCUAUACGACACUUAUUGAUGGGUAUUGUAAGAUAGGUCAAAUGGAUGAAGCAAGCAAAGUCAUUGAGGAAAUGCAUGCUAGUGGGUUAGCCCCAAAUAAGGUAACUUACACUAUCCUGAUGCGUGGAUACUGUAACAUGGCAAACUACGAUGCAGCGGCUAAACUUCUAGAUGAAAUGCUGGAUAAUGGUAUUGUUCCAGAUGCCAUCACUUAUAACACGUUAAUGUCUGGUUUCUGCAAGGAAGGAAGAAUGGAAGAGGCUUUUAAGAUAUCUGAUCGUAUGACUCAAGAAAAUAUGGUGUUGGAUGAGGUGUCUUACACUACUUUAGUUCAUGGAAUAACUAAGGAAGCUGCUUCCAUAUCCAAAGGAGGCAUUAUCAAGCAGGGAAUUGGGCCUUAGCAUAUUAAGCUAUUUUCAUGGACAACUGAAUCUGACCAACUACCUUCAGAAGAAUUCAUAGGCAUCUAAUGCAUGCUUUAACAUGUGGAGGACUAUCCAUUUCCCUGGGCUGCAAUACAAAUGCAAACUUGUGCUUAUAUUCACCUGCCUUGAGCACUAAUUAUAUUUCAGAGAUGGCAUUCUUGAAGGCACAGAUGGUUGACAUUCAUGGCCGGCUGAUGAUUGUGGGCUGACAGGUCGUUUAUCGGAGGAACAUUUAAAGGUGCAUGGAUUAAAAAUCAUAGUCCAUAUAAGGGUAAUUUUUCCAGCUUAGGAUUAUGCUGUUCAACUCAAAGAAACCAUCAGCCAAGCGUCAUAAUUGAUGUAAAGAAAUAAGGGCAUGGCUGCUGCAAGCCUGGGAUCCUCUUAUUGUAUGAGCAUGGUGAAUGAUAGGAAGAUGCAAUAUUCUGGGAAUCUGGAUCAUCAUUUCUUCUUCAGACAUCCUGCAAAAAUGGGUUUGGUGCCAUCUGUAUGCAUUGCUAGCUUUUUCGAGCAAGCUGCCACAACUAGCAAUCUUGAAGCACAUUACAUGAUGGCUCUGUGAUUUGAAGGCUUAUAUCUCUGGCAAUGGAGACAAACAAAGGUUUUACAGUUUUAUUUGAUUUAACUAAUCUGUCAUUCUUUUAUAUUCUUUUACAUGCUAAUUCCUGAUCAAUAAAGGCCAUAUAUUGAUUUUGGUCAGUUUUGAAUUCAAUUGAUUCAUGUAAGUGUCGAAUCCUAACUUGUAACCAGUUAUGGAAACAUACUUGCAAACAUAGUAUGAAGCAAAAUUGAUUUUAUAAAUUCCUUUACUACAAGCAAAUCGGCAGUUGUAACUCGAUGUUAAAUGUGCUGACCGAGAGUCCCAGCAACAAUCCAGAUAUUCAGUUCCAUGUUAUUUUCCUAAUGUCACCUAAAUCCAUCAUUUUGUAUUGAGAACACUAUCAGGUUUCACUGCAGAGACGUACUAGGAUCCAAGAAGCGGCCAUUUCUGCUAAGAGGUUAGAAUUGGAAACCAACCACGUCUUCUCGUCUUAUGAGUUAUGAUCAAAGUUGUUCAUCAUUGCAUCACGCCAUAUCCAGGGAUGAGACUCUGAAUUUUUACUGCCUGCCCAUUGAAAAGGUAAAAUGCCAGUGCUUCCUUUACUCUAGUCCACUGUUUUUAAAAGCAAAAUAAUCUUGAUUUUAAUGGUGUGAUCCCUCAGCAAAGCAUUAGAAAGUGAUUUGAGGGACAAGAUACUGAGCCGAAGUAACAUAAAGGUUCAUCUUCACACCUUCUUAUCUUGGCUAACUGAUACGGAUACACUGAACCUACAAGUUGCAUGACUUGUUACAUAAAUUUAUGCUUUUCUACUUCUGGAUGAACCGUGCAUCUUUGGAUCGUUUUAACUAGCCUACGGGUUUGAGCCCUCGUGAAGAUAGUCGCAAUUGUAAAGUGGAUAUCUUUUUACCUGGCAUACUGCUUGUAAAUAAAAUUGUAUCUAUUAUGAAGAUCUUUUUCCUAUGUA